AUGGCACUGCUCGAAAAUUACCAUUCAUUUGACACUGCUCAGGUCGUCCCCGCAGGCGAAUCAACUUCUGAGGAAUGGACCUAUCCACCUUAUUCUGGCCAUUACGAUGGAGAGUAUAUCUGGGGGCGAGGCUCCGAAGACGACAAAUCGAAUCUCAUUGCAAUGUUGACAGCCAUCGACUGCUUACUCGCAUGUGACUUCGUACCAGACCGGACGGUGAUCGUCUCGGUCGGCUUCGACGAGGAGGGUGGAGCCGAACAGAGUUAUGGCGCUAGGUGCCUCGCGGAGACACUCUUGGAGAGAUAUGGCAAGGACGGUAUCGAAUUGAUUUUCGACGAGGGCAUCGCGGGUAUUGAGAAUCGUUUCGGAACGGACUUCGCACUACCUGCCACGGCCGAAAAGGGAUAUAUCGAUGUCGCUGUGACUGUCAAUGUUCCGGGAGGCCACUCCUCUACCCCGCCUGACCAUACAGCUAUUGGGUUUUUGGCCCAGAUCAUUCGUUUGAUUGAGGACCACCCAUUUCAAUCACAGCUGGUUCGAAACAAUCCGACUUUGACGUACCUUCGACAAGCUGCUUUAUAUGCCAAACAGAUGCCCGAAGAUCUGCGCGAAGCAAUCCUCGGCGCGCAGAGCUCUGAAAGGCUCCUCGAAUAUAUGGAUAGCGACCGCGAGAGACGUGCUAUGAUUAGAACAUCCACAGCGGUUGACGUGAUUCAAGGCGGAGACAAGGUAAACUCGCUCCCAGAGAAUGCCAGCGUUCUCGUCAAUCAUCGCAUCGCAAUCCAAGAUUCGGUCCAGGCUGUGAAGAGCCACUACGUUGAUCUGCUGGCGCCUUGGGCGCAGGAACGAGGUUUCAAACUUCACGCUUUUGGUGAAAAGGCUCAAUGUGAAAACAACAAUGUGACACGACCAGGUAACAACACUGCCGAUUGUGGUGACCUCACUCUUUCCGCACAUUACGAGCUCGAGUCGUCGCCGGUCUCAUGUGCAGAGGAUGCCCGAUUCAGACUACUUGCAGGUACCAUCAAAGGCGUGUUUGGGGAUGACGUGGUUGUUGCGCCUGAACUGUUGACUGGGAAUACUGACACUAGAUACUACUGGGACCUUUCGCCGCAGAUAUACCGUAUGUCUCCAUGGCGAGCGAGCCAUGACCCCCGAGGGACUCGGAUGCACACGGUGGAUGAGAGGAUGCCCAUCAAAGGCCUCAUGGAGAUGGUACACUUUUACCACGAGUUCAUCCGUGUAGUGGACGAGGUCCCCGUCCAGAAUCCCCGGGACAUCCAGAAGCAAACUCGACACGAAAGCAUGAUUUGA